AUGUCUGACGGCGCGUCCCUCUCGGAUCACGUCGAGUGGGCUUUGGCCACCCAGCCAGCAUUCACCAACCUCCCACCAGAACUCAUUCUUGUCGUUAUCGAGCACCUCUCCGUCUUCCACGCUCUCCAGCUGGCUCGGGCAAGCCGUCAUAUCUACGAGCUUGUCGCCACUCAUGCCUAUGCCCGCCACAUCGAGACAGCGCUUCACAACGGAAACCCACUGGUUUGGGCGGUCAAGAACGACCUGCUCAAGACAGCCGAGAGGGCCUUGGCGUUGGGAGUGGACGCAAACGAGCCCUUUCGCCAAGGCCACGCAUACAAAUUCUACACACCGCUGCUCGUGGCGAUCGAACACAAGAAUGUAGCCAUGGUGUCACUUCUGCUCCGUUAUGGCGCCCAUCCAGCAGCCUCAACUUCCUCCGACACGCCUCUGAUGAUGGCCGUCAGUCAGAAGAGCCCCGAGAUCGUGCAGCUCCUCCUCAAGCAAGAUCAGCACCACAUUGGCAAUAAUACAGCAUCCCCGUACAGACGAAGCCAGCUCGUGUCUGAUGCUGCAAACGUACGUGGUGUCCAGGGCCACACGGCUCUUUACUACGCCGUUCUUCAAAACGACACCACUAUGGUCGACCUGCUUCUCUCACACAAUGCCAAACCCGACCUGCUCAAUGCCUUCGGUCAGGCACCGCUAGCCACUGCCAUCAUGCAUGGGAAGCUAGAGAUUGUGAAGCGACUUCUGGACUCGUCCAAAGCAUACGUGGUGACCAGAGAUGACGGAAGGGACAAUGGGUUCAGCCUAGCUGCGACACUCGUCCGACACGCCAGCGCGGGCGUGAGCAUGGAGAUCCUCAAAGCCGUGCUUUACUCGGUAAAAAGAGUCACCAACGGAAAGACAUGGUUCGUUGUCCCAGACGAGGUCUUGCAGAGACAACUUGGCCGCGACAGGCAUAUGAUGAAGCUUCUCCUUGAUGCUGGCGUUGAUCCAGACGUCAAAUCGGCCGCUGGGGCGACCGUGCUCUAG